AUGAGCGACGUCCGUCGUGAUUCAAUAAGCUUUGGAGAUCCAAACGCUCAUCCGCCUACUCCUCAACAGACUCCUACCACAGCCUCAUUCGCCAGUCCCGUCUUCGAGACACCCCGGCAGCCGCACGGUUCCUUCACCGACUUGGGUGGCUCGACACCUCGCUUCGCCGAGGAAUAUUCCGUCUUCAACGCCACACCUGGCAAUCUCAGAGGCUCACACGCACAGUUUCCUGAUUUUGUUCCGCCUACGCCCGCUAGCUCUCACAAACGACUGCUCUCCGCCGAAGGCUUUGCCCUCGAAAUUGCAACCCAUGCCAACCACUUUUCGCCGAACCCGAAUUUGCCACCUGUCGACCCUUCGAAACGACUCGCUUCCUCCCCGAGCUUGAACAACUCUAGAACCUUCGCACGAGAAACUACUCCCGCCUCAAGCCCCUCUUUGAAUAAGGCCAGGUCUGCCAAAAAGCUUCGCCGAGGCACCAUUACCAAAGACCCAGAGGCCUUGAUUUCUCCACCACCCACCGCCCACAAGGGAGAGCAGAAGCUCGUCCCGAAGCUCAAUAUGCAGUAUGAACAGUCAUUUCACCAACCAGACUUUACCGAGGUGUCUCAGUCCCACGAUGUAACCGCACUCAUGGCCAGUUCGGGCGACUUGUUCUCCUAUCCUCUGUCCGCGCCCGCCGGUGCUUCCACCAACUUUUGGGAUCCUCAAGCUUCCAUGGGUAUGGAUAUUGAUUUCAAUGCGGCAGCCCAAGGCAUGUUUCCCUCGUCUAGUGCUGGCCACCGGCAAACUGGCUCAUUCGACUGGAACAACGAUAUUCAGCUUUUUCAGGACCCCAACAUGGUGCCGCCGUCAUCAAAUCAGGAGAACGUCCAACCCCAGCAGGGUGGAAGUAUGGCAAUGAACCAGUUUCAACAGCUCGGUGAUCCUUUCACAAUGAUGAAUGCAGGCGAAAUAAUCGACCCUAGCCUCAUGAUGGCCCAAACUGGAGCCAUGUCCAGCCUUGCUGGUAUGGAGCAGCCCAUGCCUGCUCCCGUCGCCCCAAAGGGAAAGACCACCGCGAGACCUGAUCCGCCCAAUGGCAAGACCGAAUGGAAGAGUAUCGCCUGUUAA